UUUAAACCUCUUUGCAGAUUUGGGCAUUCAUUCAUACAUUUGAAAGGAUUGAAUUAACGAGGGAAUAAAAUGCCGCUGGGACUGAUCUUAGGGUUGGGAAGGGCAAUGCGAAGAAAGCGAACUUCAUCUCUUGAUAUUCUGUCUUCGAAACGAGCACCUCGAGAUUACUACAAGGGCAAGAACUGCAAAUCUACUGGUUUCCAUACCCGCAAAGGUGGCUAUGUUGUGGUGAGCGAGAAAUUGCCGAACUAUGUAGUCCCUGAUUUGACCGACUUCAAGCUCAAGCCAUAUGUAUCUCAGUGCCCCAGAGAAGUAAAAACUGCAGAUAACACAGACACUUCUGCUACAUAAGCUAAAGAAGCAAAUGGGAAUUCGAUCCCUUCUGUAGAUGUUUUAGCCACUGGUGCUUGAGCUUUUUAAAUUUAUCCCAAAACUUGUUAUGUGGAUGGAAUUUUGAAGGGCCAUGUAGAAUUUUUAGUUUUGAAACAUUUUCC